AUGCCAGUCUCCGAGGAGACCGAUCUAUCGAGAGAUGUAAUAGACGAUAUCAUAGUGAGUGCCAGAUACGGAGAUCUUGAAGAGUUACAAGCGAUUAUGAGUUCGCAUCCUGUCGAGUAUCUACUAGCGGAGGAUGAGUUUGGGAACACAGCCUUACAUAUGGCGAGUGCGAACGGACAUGCCGACGUUGUCGAAUAUAUUAUAAGAACGGCAGGAACCUUGAAGGAGAAGGUCGUGGCCAACGCGCAAAACGAAUCGGGGAAUACGCCUUUACAUUGGGGUGCUUUGAAUGGUCAUGAAAGGGUGGUUGAGUUAUUAGUGAUGAAUGGAGCAGACGCGAGGAUCAAGAACUGUGCAGGAAGAACUGCGACGUACGAGGCUCAGCAGAACAAUCAUGAUAAAAUAGUGGAAUUUCUUUUAUCCAAUGCGGAUAUCGAAAAAGUUGAUGAAAGUGAAGAGUUGGAACAAAAUUCCGAAAACGCUUAUCAUUUUGAAUUACCAAUGACAAAGACCUCACCUCGUCGAAUCCCCCGUAGACGAGAUUCUUCGAGACAAGCAGCCCUCACUUUUCUUACUAACAUCAGUCUUGGAACUGAAGCCUCUCUUCCUUCUGGUACUCAAAAGGAAACGGCUGCUCCCAGCCGCCCUGUUCCUGGCCCUUAUAUUGACGAUCCGACACGACCACCCAUUACUGUCACCGAACAUGACUCCUUCAGUGAGAAAGGUAGGCCAGGCCUGCAAACGGCAACGACCACACCUUUCGACAUACUCCCUUGUAAGACGGCGUCCAAUAACGGCCUACUUAACUCCGAAGCUUCCUCCAUAAACGGGACGGAAGAGUACUCUCAAGAAUUUAACUCGUCUGGAAAGACUCGUUUAAGGAGCAAUAGUCUACGCUUUUUAUCAAACGCAAGUCUUGAUUCCAAGAAAUUGAAGUCGAAUCACCCUUCAAAGGAAAACUUGGGCAGCCCAAGUAGGGAAAGGAUUGCUGACCUGGAAGCCCGUGAGAACUCGGACGUGGAAAAUCAGGAAAAUCGAAAUUUGAAGGCUACCGACUCUCCAAACAACAUUUACAGGCGACGAAGACGCAGGAGUUCAGCCUCCACUUUAAAGUCAGAAUCAAGCUCUUCUUCUGCCAAUUCUGUAACUUCUCCUACUUCGUUCGACGAUGAAUCCUUAUCCCGUCGCCCAAGUCAUCAACAUAGUUCAUCCCCAAAGGCGGAAGUCAUUACUGUUGGAAGCCUUAAUGCACCUCUGAGUAUUUUUUCAAUGUUGGGAUAUAAUGACAAGAAAUCGAAACAAGGAAAACAUCAUAAUCAUUCAAAACGGGUCGCGAAUGCGGACUCCAUAAAAAGACAAAAGGCCGAGUCCUUUGCUCGCCUUCUGGAACCCAGCAAUUCGUUGAGUCCCGAGUUGGGAUUGACGGGUUAUGACCCGACAUCCUUGGAUAAUCCUGAAUUGUCACCUAACGAUCUGCAUGAUUUUAAAUCCAAUAAGCAUCGUACGGUUUUAAGUUUAUCCGGUCUCGUGGGUUCCCUGAUAAAUCACAGCACUCGACCGUCCGACCUGAAACGCGAGUCGAAUGAACUCUUUCGUAAGGAACACCCCUACGUCGAUCCAAGUUUAACUCUUAGCCAAAUUCGCAAGAUAAAAGCAAAACUUUUGACCGCAUCUAGACACGACGAAUUGGACUUGGAGCUUUCAACGGUCGCCAAAGCCUACGCUUACUUCGAAAAGUUGAUAUUGAAGAAUCUUGUGAACAAAUCAAACCGAAGAUUGAUCGGAGGUACUAUUCAGCACACGUCUUCCUCUUUUUGA